AGUAUUAGAUGACCCUUAACUUUGCUGACCGGGAGCAGGGGUAGUUCGGCGAGGGAGGGGAAGGACGGGCAGCUGCCCGUGCCCGGGCAUUUUUUUUCUUUUGUGUUAAGGGGAGUGACCGAUAUAUCCAUCGCAAUCGCACUCUGUUGUUGUGUUGCGUUGGCCUUGGAUUUGGGUUAAAAGGCCUCGAGAGCGAGCUCCUCUGCACUUCUCUUCAAAUUCGAUACUUAGCUGUACCAAGAACGAGGUUUUGAGGAGAGGAGACCCUUCUCUCUCUUUAUGUCCGCUACAUUGUCUUGUUAAACGUUCAAAUCCCAUCUCACUUCCACGAAUUAGUGUGUUGUCUCUCUGUUCUCUCAGUUUUGAAUUCGUGAGUUUCUUUUUCUUUUCUUCAUGUUUUCUAUAGACAAACCCAGAACCAGAAGAGGAAGAGAGUGAAAACCCCAUCUGUUUUGGCUUCUUGAAUUGAGUCUCUUGUAUCCUAUUCAGUGUAGAACAUCCAGGCACGCAAACAUGAAGAAUCUGAUAUUCUUUUCUUCAGUUCCGUUUCUUUCUGGGUGAUGAACCGGGAGAGCCGUGAAUAGGAGAAUGCUCAUUCGUUGUUUUCGUCUUACUAUUAAGUAAUGAGCUUGUCUGCAUCAAUUUGAGAAGGCAAAGACCAAGAGAUACAGAAAACUGAACUUCUUCUUUCUGAUCCCCUUCUCUUUCUAGUGAAAAUACGUAGAAAUUGGGGAAGAAUCCCUAUCUGGGGUUCUUUCCUUUGAAUUGCUGAGGUACCCGUUCUAGUUUGAUUUCAUUCAUCACUCCAUUCUAAACCAAACCGAGAAACCGAGGAACAGGAAAGCGGAAAUAGAAAAUAGCAUUCAUCAGUCCAUUGUAACUUGUAAGCAGGAUAGCUGUAUGAAGAGGUGGUGAAACAAUGAAAGAUGGGAACCCGAAGAAAAGCAAGCUCUCAUGGUCGAAGACUCUGGUCAGGAAGUGGUUCAACAUCAAGAGCAAAGCUGAGGAUUUUCAUGCAGACGAUGUAGUUUAUGAAGGUGGCGAUGGAGAACCAAGGAACAGUUUUUCAGAGCGGGAGGCAUGCACAGUCAAGAAAAGUAAAACAGAGAGGUUGAAUAAAAGGAACUCUGAUCGAAUCCGGAGAGGGAAGAUUGAUCUCGAUGUCUCUCAAGUUACAGAUUUGCAGAACUACAAGAUCUUUGUAGCAACAUGGAAUGUGGGUGGAAAAUCGCCUCCGAGUUAUUUAAAUCUCGAAGAUUGGCUCCACACAUCACCUCCUGCGGAUAUUUAUGUCCUCGGGUUUCAAGAAAUUGUUCCUCUGAACGCCGGGAAUGUUCUGGGUGCAGAAGACAAUGGUCCUGCCAGAAAGUGGCUGGCUCUCAUACGGAAGACCUUGAAUAACCUUCCUGGCACCAGCGGGAGUGGUGGCUAUCACACACCUUCCCCGCUUCUUGAUCCCCUUGUAGAGUUGGAUGCAGAUUUUGAGGGUUCAGCGAGGCAGAAAACCUCAACUUUCUUUCAUCGCCGAUCAUUUCAGUCUUUGAGUCGUAGCAUGAGAAUGGAUAAUGACAUGUCAAUACCACAGCCCCGACUCGAUAGAAGAUUCAGUGUCUGUGAUCGGGUAAUUUUUGGUCAUAGGCCUAGUGAUUUUGAUUCCAACUCCAGGUGGGGUUCUUCUGAUGAUGAGAAUGGGCCUGGGGAUUCACCAAGUACCACGUACUUCUCACCAAUGUCCUAUGGUGGAUCCACAGCAAUGGAAGACAGAGAAAGAUCAUCAGGGCACUCCAGGUACUGCUUGGUUGCAAGUAAGCAAAUGGUUGGGAUAUUUCUUACAGUGUGGGUGAGGAGUGAUCUCAGGGAUGAUGUGCGGAACUUGAAAGUGUCUUGUGUUGGCAGAGGAUUGAUGGGUUAUCUUGGGAACAAGGGAUCAAUAUCGAUUAGCAUGUCUGUUCACCAAACAAGCUUCUGCUUCAUCUGUAGUCAUUUAACAUCGGGGCAGAAAGAAGGUGAUGAAUUAAGAAGGAACUCAGAUGUUAUGGAGAUACUCAGGAAGACAAGGUUUCCACGGGUUCAUGGGCUGGGGAAUGAGAAGUCCCCUGAAACAAUCCUUGAGCAUGAUCGGAUUAUAUGGCUGGGUGAUUUGAAUUACCGGAUUGCUCUAUCUUAUCGUUCUGCAAAGGCACUUGUUGAGAUGCACAACUGGAGGGCAUUGUUAGAAAAUGAUCAGCUUCGGAUAGAACAGAGACGGGGUCGUGUCUUUGAGGGAUGGAAUGAAGGAAAGAUAUAUUUUCCACCUACAUACAAAUAUUCGAACAAUUCAGACAGAUAUGCUGGUGAUGAAACAUACCCUAAAGAGAAGCGACGGACCCCUGCAUGGUGCGACCGUAUCUUGUGGUAUGGAAGAGGUCUCCAUCAACUUUCUUAUGUUCGUGGAGAGUCUAGGUUCUCAGAUCAUAGGCCUGUUCAUAGCAUUUUCGUGGCAGAGGUUGAGUCAAUAAACCAUAGCCGAAUUAAGAAAAACAUGAGUUGUUCUAGUUCCAGAAUUGAAGUAGAAGAAUUGUUGCCGCACUCACAUGGAUACACUGAACUUAAUUUCUUUUGAAGGAUUAGCGGAACCAAUCUAUAUUCACAUUCAAGAAGGCAUGGAGUUGCCAACCGAGAAAAUGUACAGUUCUGGGGUGAGAGACUUACUAACAGAUUCAGAAUACCAUCAUAGUAUUCAAGUUGGUAGUUGUUUUAUCCCCGAAGGCUUUCUUGCAAUAUUGAAUCUCACUGACAAAUUGAUUCUGGAGAUGAAUUGUCUCUAAGAACAGGCUGUUUUGAAGGAAUUCUCUGCCUCAAUGGGGGUGAGUGUGACUUUUCCAUCCCCCCACAAACCCAAAAAAGACCAGUUUUGUAAUCUGUGGAUAUCGAGUUGGUGUGUUCGUGAUUCACAAUCUUUAUUCAUAACCUUAUCCUAGUUAGCAUGUAAUUCCAGUCACAAUCAGAGCAAUUGCAUAUCUUUUGUAUCCUCCAAGGUUGAAACAAUCAAUUGGGGUCCCACGUUAUGUUAAAGUAAAAUGGUCAUCUCACUGGCUAGGAGCUUAGUUUGCUUGGUUAAGCACAAGGAUGAUGCUUGGUAUUGCGGGAAGAUCUUGGGCAUUGUGAUUGCAGGAGGAAGAACUUUGGUGGAAUGUUUUAUAUAUACAUCUUUCUUUCAUUUUUUUUUUAAACUAUUCUUUUUGUAACAAAUGUCUGAGACUGAAAUAAAGAUGCUAGGUGAUCAAAAUAAUCAUGUAGAGCUGUUUUUGUUUGUUAAAAUUAUUAACAGGGGUGACAUUUGAUGGAUCCUUUCAUUAAUCAUUUACUGAAGUGAUACCAAGAAAGAAAUAGAAAUUUGAAGUGAUCA